AAGUGACAAAAAUAAAUUACACCAACAGUUACAAACAAAAUGUCGCAAAGAAAACAUCUAAAAAUACCGAAAUAUUUUACAUUCAAAAUCUGAAAAUAGUUUAAAUUGUGGAGCAACUGCGCCAAAACGUCUGCGCAAAAAAACAAAUUACAAUCGUUCGGACUUCAGACAACAUGGCAUCCCGUUCCGCGGUGAGCUCAGCUGACAACUAUUGUCAGUUUUGACAGAUUUGACGCAGUUAGUGCGUGUACAUCUACCCGUACGAUAAACUAUGUGAUUUAUCGCCAUCAAACGUAUCAACAAAGAAACGUUAUCUCAAACGAAACAACGAGCCCUGUAAGAUGACUUCCCGUGUUAACGUAAAAUAAGUUUUUGUGUGUCGUGGGUUUUUGGGAGGAAAUUAGGUUGUAGAUUUUUGGCGCAUAUACAAUGGAUUUUGACGACUCGGGGAACGGGUCCGGCCACGAAACCGUCUACGUAACCCACGAAGAUUCCCACAUGGUCAUGUCUGAGAAGGUACAAUCCCUUGCUGGUAGCAUCUACCAGGAAUUUGAAAGGAUGAUCUCUCGGUACGACGAAGACGUGGUUAAAACGCUUAUGCCUCUAGUUGUGAAUGUUUUGGAAUGUUUGGAUGCUUCCUAUCAAAUCAAUCAGGAGCACGAUGUUGAAUUAGAACUAUUAAGGGAGGAUAAUGAGCAACUUGUUACUCAAUACGAAAGAGAAAAAAGUGCUCGAAAAACAUCUGAACAAAAAUUAUUAGAAUAUGAGGAUUCAGCAGAAGCCGAACGAAAAGAAUUGGCUGCACGAUUAGAGGCGUUAGAAAGCAUUGUGAGGAUGUUAGAAAUUAAGCAUAAAAAUUCGUUGGAGCACUCCGGCAGGCUGGAGGAACGAGAGGGCGAGUUGAAAAAAGAAUAUGCCAAGCUCCACGAAAGAUACACGGAGUUGUUCAAAACGCACAUGGAUUAUAUGGAAAGAACGAAAUUAUUGUUGUCUGGUGCUCAAUUGGCCAACGAACGAACCGAAUCGAACAGGUUAAACUCGAAUAGAAUCAAUAUUUGCCGCAGUUCGGGACCCGUUUCGUUUGGAUUUGCGUCUUUGGAAGUUGCGGAGGGAGUCGACAGUGUGCCAACGUCGCCUAUUAGCAGUAGUCACUCAUCUCCUAGUUUACAUAGUGAAUUAGAUAAUGUUAAGGAUGGGAUACAUACGGUUGAGAAAGCCCAAGAAACUGAUACAAUUACUCUGGAGAAUAAAAGUGUUAUUACUUCACCUAUUAGUCCACAGGCGAAAUCACAAAGUCAUACAGGAAGGGUGCAUACUCAUAAAGAGGAGAGAAGCGGGAACACUUUGUAUCAAGAGCUCAGUUUUCAAGAUGCAGAUGCUCUUGCUGAUAUGGAUGAUGGAGCCGAUAUAACAGGUGGUUGGGUUCACCCAGGAGAAUAUGCCUCAUCAGUUAGCGACAAUUUCUACGGAAUGGGUAAAGAAGUGGAAAACUUAAUUAUGGAGAACAACGAACUUUUAGCUACAAAGAACGCGUUGAACGUAGUAAAAGACGAUCUCAUUGUCAAAGUAGACGAAUUAACUGGAGAAAUUGAAAUGCUUCGCGAGGAGAUAAUCAGUUUGAAUCAUUCGCGGGAGAAACAACGCGAACGUGUUAUGGAGCUCGAAGAGGAAUUACGUAAGGCGAAAGGAGUUAUUGAAACCAAAGCGGAAGCGGACGAAGAAGCUGAUGUUCCAAUGGCGCAACGAAAACGUUUCACGCGAGUUGAAAUGGCCAGAGUGCUUAUGGAGAGGAAUCAAUAUAAAGAAAGAUUUAUGGAACUACAAGAAGCGGUUCGUUGGACGGAAAUGAUAAGGGCUUCAAGAACCGAUAGUAGCAUUGAUAGGAAGAGUAAACAGGGUAUUUGGAAGUUUUUUAGCAGUCUCUUUUCAUCGGACAGGAUGCAAAGGCCACUGUCCUCGCCCCACCUCAAGUACCAUGCGUACACAAAUCAGAUGGCCCCGGGCGUGAGGGCAUUACCCAGAUCGGGCCAGAAUUUUUUAGAGACGGAACUGGGUCACAACUCGGAGCGGUUAGCGUCGAAGAAAGCAGUGGAAAGGCGGGAACAAUACAGGCAUGUAAGAGCCCACGUUAAAAAAGAUGAUGGAAGAUUACAAGCUUAUGGAUGGAGUUUACCAGGAAAGGCAAUUCCCGAAUACAAAGCGACAUCUCAAGCGAGUAAUAGUAGCGUACCUGUUCCAGUUCCGGUUUAUUGUAGACCUUUAGCCGAAACAGUACCAGAAUUAAAAUCGUUAAUUUGGUGCGCAGCCGGAGUUAAUUUAAUGGGCGGUUAUACCAAAGACGGUGGUUUAAUGGUUGGCGGAAGCGUUUUUUAUUACGACGAACCAGUUAUUGAGAAAAAACGCCAAAGUUCGGAUAUUGAAAUUUUAGAAAACGAAAUUGACUGUAUAAAAGAAGGGGCCCUUCUUGAAACUAAAUUAUCAUCCCUAGUUUGGAUUUGCACAUCAACUUAUAACGCUAGUAUGGUUACCGUUGUUGAUGCAAAUAACCCUGCUGAAAUUUUAAACAGUUUUGGGGCUUCCACUAAUUAUUUAUUAUGUGUCGCCAGCGUUCCAGGAGCUAGUCCCAGCGAUUACGACAACAACGACAACGCCAAAGAGACAGUAGCCUCAGCAAAAAUAACGGGAGAAGUAGAAAAUAAUUCGGUUCAAAAAGAAAACGAUACAAAAAGUAAUGAAUUAGAAAAUAACACUGAAACUGGUACAGAUGAAAAUACUUUUGAAUUGGGGAAGGUUACUUUUGUCGAAUACAAUGAAACGGUUGUAAAUAAGAAAAAAGUUAAAAUAGAAGAUGAAGUUGAAGAACCGAAAUCGCCAACAGAACCACAUAAUUGUUCAGAAGUAAAAGAGGAGGUUAAUAACAUCGAUAGUGACGAAAAUGAUAAAAAACAACGACCAUUAAUGUGUAGCGUUUUGGCUACUAUGUGGUUAGGGGCACAAAAUGGGAUGCUUAAUAUACAUUCAUCAGUGGCAAAUUGGAAUCAGUGCUUACAUUCUGUUAAACUUAGCGAUGCCGUUCUUGAUAUUGUACAUAUUAAUGGUAGAGUAGUAGUUGCUUUAGCCAAUGGAACUGUGGCGAUAUUUCGAAGAAACUCAGACGGAGAAUGGGAUUUAUCAAAAUACCACGUGGUACAAUUAGGUUUACCACAAAUUUCUGUUAGAUGUCUUGCAGCUGUUGGAGAUAAAGUUUGGUGUGGUUACAACAAUUUAAUUCAUGUUUUAGAUCCGAUGGAGCUAAAAGUUGUUCACAGUUUAGAAGCUCAUCCAAGAAGAGAAAGUCCAGUGAAACUUUUAGCUUGGUUUGGUGAAGGUGUUUGGGUCUCAAUCCGUCUUGAUUCAACUUUAAGACUUUAUCACGCCUACACCUAUCAACAUUUACAAGAUGUUGAUAUAGAACCUUACGUUAGUAAAAUGUUAGGAACUGGAAAAUUAGGAUUUUCCUUCGUAAGAAUAACAGCAUUAUUAAUAUCAUCAAGCCGGCUGUGGAUAGGAACGGAUAAUGGCGUUAUAAUUUCCGUGCCUCUUAGCGAUUGUGGAAUGUACACCGGGGGAGUUGUACAUCGCGCCAUGUCUGUGCCGGGAGUUGGGAUGCGCGUUACUCCUUCACCCGGAAAUUGUAUUCCUUAUUGUAGUAUGGCACACGCUCAGUUAAGUUUUCAUGGUCAUCGUGGUCCAGUUAAAUUUUUCGUCGCUGUACCAGGAAAUGGAGGUAUGAGUGCAGCUUCAACACCAUCAGAAGCACAUUCGGCUUCAAUAACACCAAUAGGAGGUCCAACAAAACCACCUGCUGCAAUGUUAGUUAUGUCUGGAGGUGAAGGAUACAUUGAUUUCAGAAUUGGUGAUGGAGAUAUGGAAGAUAGCAUGAUUGGUGAUAAAACAAGUGAUUUAGAUAACGCUCAGGGUGAAGUAAAAGGAGUCAAGAAUCAUUUGAUAGUAUGGCAAGUAACCACGGGAUAAAUGAAUAAGUAACAACAAAAAUAUUAAAAAAAAGUAUUAUAUACACACACACCAUUACCAAUGAUUUUUAUAAAGUAGAUAGGUAAAAACCUAGUUUAGCUUUGUUAUCAUCAGGAUGUUCAGUGAUAUUUUAGAGUUGCAUAAGAUAAUGAAUUUGAGUAUUCAUUAGUUCAACCCCCUGAUUGUUGAUAUACCUUAAAAACCCAGUUACAAUGUAAUUUAGUGACUAAACACACUACUUAAUCGUCUCUUAUGAAUGCUUGUGAAAUAGCUUAUUUAAUUAUUUUAGUUGCAAAUUUUAUUUAUUUUAACCUAGAUAAUUUUAACCUAAUUUUAUUUACUUUGGGAUAUAAAUGAAUUUUCUUUUAAAUUGUACAAUCGCAUUUUAUGUAAUUUAAUGAUGUAUUUGAGAUGUAUAUUAUGUAAAUGCUUGUGUAAUUUUAUUAUUUAAAUAAAAUGAGGAUUUUUGUUUUUGA